AUUCAUUCUUAUAUGAAUAUUUGGAACUUUUCGUUAAAAGAAUAACGUUUUCCUCGUCUUAAUCUAGUGCGUCAAACAGUACGUGAUACGUAUGUAGUUUUAUCAUUUAUAUAAAUUUACGUUACGACACAAAAAAUGGAAACAUCUUUACGUUCUUUACGUUUACUUAACCGGCUUUUUCGGAAACCACUUGGAAUUCCAUUCUACAGAAGUAUUUCCAAUACAGCUGUACAGGAGGACGCCAGUUCGGAACUAGUGAAUACUUUUAACAGAGACAUUGAAGCAGGGGGUGUAGUACCAGUAUUCAGAAGGGCUUUGCUCUUCCCAUCUCGAGUGGCACUACAGGAUGAUGUCGGAACUUACACAUAUGCAAGAUUGUAUCAAGCCGCAACUUCGCUCAGCAAAGAUAUUGCAGCUGAAUUAUUGGGUGAUACAGAGCGUACAAUAUCUUAUAUGUGUCGUAAUGAUGCCUCUCAUGUUGUCGUACAAUGGGCAAUAUGGAUGACUGGCAAUAUAGCGGUCCCGUUAACACCAUUGCAUCCACCGGAUAUGAUCAAAUACUUCAUCAUGGACAGCAGUUCCAGCUUAGUCAUAUGCUCUGAAGAGUAUGAGAACAUUAUCCAUCCAGUCACUAAAGAGUUAUCCAAGCCGUUACUCAUCACAACAAUGGAGAAGCAGGAGAAGGAUCUUGAAGAAAAGACUGAUUUGUUGAGUGAAGUUGGCCAUUCCAACAAGUGGUAUGGUGGUACAGAUGCUAUGCUGAUUUAUACUAGUGGCACCACGAGCAAGCCGAAGGGCGUGGUGUGGACGCACGGCAUGCUGAGCGCGCAGAUCGCGGCGCUGCACGCGGCGUGGCGCUACUCGGCGCACGACGUCGUGCUGCACGCGCUGCCGCUGCACCACAUACACGGACAGCUCAACUCGCUCAACGCCACUCUGGCCGCCGGAGCCAAGGUGCGCAUGCUGGCGUCGUUCGCGGCGCACGCGGUGUGGGCGCGCCUGCUGGGCGGCGACCGCGACGAGCGCGUGUCCGUGCUGCACGCCGUGCCCGCCAUGUACGCGCGCCUGCUGGCCGAGUACGACACCAUGUUCCGGGACCCCAAGACGGCGGACUACGUGCGCACCACGCUCUCCUCGCGGAUGAGGCUCAUGUGCGCCGGCUCCGCUCCCCUCCCGGAGACCUUGUUCAAGAGGUGGGAAGAGAUAUCGGGAAUAAGGCUGCUCGAACGCUACGGCAUGUCGGAAGUGGGCAUGGCUCUCAGCAACCCGUACCGGCCGGUGGAGGCGCGCACUGUGUCGUGUGUAGGGCUCCCGCUGCCGGGCCUCGCAGCUCGAAUUGCUAAAGUCGGAACUCUGAAACCCCUGAUCACAGUGGAGACCGAAGCUCCGGAUAUGCAGAUUUCACUUGAAAAGUUAGGCUUGACCUCCACGAAGGAUCCAGAAGAAGGUAGUCAGCAGGAUUCGAAAGAAACGGAACACGAGCCGAGUGAUGAUAAGUCGUACGAAGGGGAGCUACUGCUUAAAGGACCGGCUGUGUUUACGAGGUACUGGAACCGAGCUCCGAACCUAGACUCACCAGACUUCACACCGGACGGCUGGUUCCGCACCGGCGACACGGCCUCCUACAGAGACGGCAAGUUCCAGAUCCUCGGCCGGACCUCCGUCGACAUCAUCAAGACAGGCGGUUACAAGGUCAGCGCUCUCCAAGUGGAGUCAGCUCUGCUGGAACAUCCCAGCGUACAAGAUGCAGCAGUACUGGGUAUCGAGGACGAUAGCUAUGGCGAAAUAGUAGCUUCAGUCAUAGUUUUGAAGGAGAACACCAAGACGCUCACGCUCAAGGAGCUGAAGGAUGAAGCCGGGAAGAAGUUGGCUCCGUAUCAGCUGCCGAAGACGAUGCUGAUCGUGGACGUCAUGCCGAGGAAUGCGAUGGGGAAGUUGGAUAAGAAGCUUAUUAAGAAGCAGUUCGGAGAUAAAUUGGUUCUUAAGAAAGCUUAGCUCGCAAGGAUAAUAUUAAACGUUGAAACUGAUCCAAAGAAUUGUGGCAAUACUUUGUCGCCAUUAUUUAUGUAAUAAAUACAAAAUACAUCUUUUUUAACUAGUAGUACAAUAGAGCCUGAAAAAGUUUUGAGUUGUGGUUUUUUUCUAUGUAGAGAUAAAUAUAAUUUUCUUAUAAUGUCAGUGAGGAGUGCAAAACUGUGAGCACUUUGAUGAUGAAGGCAAACAGACGAUGGGAUUUGGGAUUAGUUGUCGGAAGUUUGUUAUCUAUGAUAUAAACGUAGCUUUAUGCUCGCCUGUGUAGAUACCACUUUAGUUGAUACCACAGCCAAACAGCAAUACUCUGUAUUUUGUUUGUUUGUGUGCUGGUUUGAAGGGGUUAUUACAGAAUUAUCUCAAGGAGUUAUCUCAAGAUUCGGUAGAUUCUGUUAGUUUUCUUGGGAUUGGCAUCACCUCUGAUAACCACCCGCGAGAUUUGACCUUGUCGAGAACGGUAUCUCAGGGAUUUUAAAAUAAUGCCACAUUAAUUUAGAAGAUUUGUUCACAAUCGCCAAGGUAGACGCAGAUGGUAUAAUAUUAUCCUAGUACUAGACACAACUCACAUAAAAUCUUCUAUCCCAUAUUUAGUCACGCAAAAUAAAAUGUUUUUAAUAUUUCUAACAAUGCUGCAUUUAAUGGCGGAUACGACUUUCCAAUAGCCGUCCUAUACGUCCGUCUAUCUUUCUAUUUAUUUUAUUAUUAAAUAAAUGGAAAUGAGUGUUAAUACAAGAUUUAAAAGGAAAUUAAUAUCUGUCUCUACAUAGAAAGUCCACCCAAGAAGACGUGAGCACAAAUCGAAGAUCAAACAUCAAGUGUGAUAUUAUAUUAUUUUUUGUUUUUAUUUAUGUGUCAAAAGUUCGAAGACGCAUUUGUGACGUUAUUUUAAGUUACGCGUGCGAUCCAGCGAGAUAGUACAACAGAAAAAAAUGAUUGUCUUUUGUGUACAGAUGUUGCUCUACCUUUAUGCUUUCAUUGGUUUUUGUUAACGAUCAAGCGUGUAACCUUAAUAAAUGCAAUUCAUAUUUUAUAAAACUUUGUUCUGUAUAUAUAAGAGGCAUUCGGUUAAUUCCGAUAGUUUCUAAGUUAAGCAUGUAAUUGAUAUUCUCUGGGCAUA